ACUCGAUAUCAAGGUUAUGAAUUGAUAAACGUCGGCCUAAUCUAAAACGAUAAUCAAAUUCAAGAGAAAAAAAAAUGAAGUGUCAUAUGAAUCAGGACUAGAUAACAAUGAAACUCUUUCCAAUUACCUACUUCAACAUAUCUCAGCUGCUAAAAUGAAGCUCCUCGUUUUGACAUUAUGGAUUUCAUCCUUAAUAAGUGCACCCUGUCUAUCUAUAACGUUAAAUGGCGAGUGGAGUGGAACUAUUGACACCUGUCGUAAACAGAAAUUGCUUGAAGACUGCGGUAAUGACGUCAUCUUACAGUCAUUCAAUGCAACUGUUCCUGGAGGAAUUUAUACAGAUUUAUAUAGAAAUGGCAUAAUAGAGGAUAAUCUAUUUGGAAGGAACGAUGUCAAUAAUCGUUGGGUCGGGAACCAAUCUGUUGUGUACUCCAAAAAUUUUAACGUAAGCAGUGAUUUUUUAAACGCUCGCAAGAUAGUCCUGAUUUUUCAUGGAAUUGAUACAUUUGCUACCAUCACGUUGAAUGGCCAUAGGCUUGGAGAGACUUCUAACAUGUUUUUGAGAUAUUCUUUUGAUGCGAAAGAUUAUAUCAAAGAAGGCCAGAAUCUGUUGCGAGUCACAUUUCAGUCAGCUGUCAAAGUAGCUGAGUAUUUAUAUAACGUCCAAAAAGAAUCUUACAAAUAUAUUGUACCACCAGUGUGCGUGCCUGAAGAGUAUAAUGGACAGUGCCACGUAAAUCAUAUUCGUAAGAUGCAAGCUAGUUUCUCUUGGGAUUGGGGCCCAGCUUUUCCCUCGAUGGGCAUUUGGCGAGAUGUCGAGUUGGUUUCUAUAAAUGAUGUGUGGCUCAAUAAUGUUACAAGUGACGUACGCAAAAAGGAGAACACUUGGGAUAUUCUUGUUACAGUAUUUCUCGAGACGAGAAGAGGAACAACGUUCAGUUGUCAUGUAGCGUCAAUAUUGCACAUUUCGGAAACCAAACUCAUCAGCAAUUCCACUGAUGUCGCAUUUAAAUGGAGCGAAGAAUAUAUAAAUGUUAACAUUUCGCUAAUUGUGCCUGCAGAUGCCGUCGAGAACUGGUGGCCAAAUGAUUAUGGCGAGCAACAUCUGUACAAUUUAAGUAUCAUCGUGACAACGGAACAGAAUGUACUACGUAAACAGAUCCGCGUGGGCUUCAGAACUGUGGAGCUGGUGGAGGAACCUCUGGAAAAGGGGAUGAGCUUCUACUUUCGCGUGAAUGGCAUACCGAUCUUCGCUAAGGGCAGUAAUUUCAUCCCAGCCAGCAUCUUCCCCGAACUGAGCGCGAAGGAAGACACCGUCAAGCACUUGCUAUUAUCCGCCAAAGAGGCGCACAUGAACAUGCUGAGAAUAUGGGGAGGCGGUGUCUACGAGUCUGAAUUGUUUUACGACUUGGCCGACGAGUACGGGAUCAUGAUCUGGCAAGAUUUCAUGUUCGCAUGUGCCAUGUAUCCCACAGGUCAGAACUUCCUGGAGAAUGUUCAGCAGGAGAUAGAGCAGAACGUGAUGCGAUUGAAGAAUCACCCGAGCAUCGUGCUUUGGGCCGGCAAUAACGAGAACGAAGCGGCGCUGUUUGGAAAUUGGUACGGCACCGGGUCUGCUGAGAUCUACAGAAAGGAUUACGUGAAGCUUUACGUGGAUCUGUUGAAGAAAGAAGUGGCGAGACUAGAUCCCGUAAGACCCUUCCUCGUAUCUAGCCCGGGCAACGGAGCACUCGAGGAAACGUACAAUUACACCGGAGUAGAUCCUUACUCGAAUAUCUACGGAGACAUUCACUAUUAUAACUAUAUCAGAAACGGAUGGGACAUCACUCAGUAUCCUCGGACAAGAUUCUGCUCCGAAUACGGAUUUCAAUCUUGGCCAUCGAUGUACACGCUAACUACCGCUGUGGAAAACGCGACAGAUGAGCUUUAUGUGAACAGUGAUUUUGUAAAACACCGACAGCAUAUGCCACUCGGCGAUCAAUACAUGCAGCUGUUGAUCUCACGCAACUUUAUUAUACCGCAGAGUAACGAUAGCGUCCGAGAUUUCGCGAAUUAUGUUUAUCUCAGUCAGAUCAAUCAAGCCGUUUCCAUGAGGAUACAAACGGAAAGUUACAGACAAGCCAAAUCCGAGGUGAACUCUAUAGGCGAAGGUAUGACAAUGGGGGCUCUCUAUUGGCAGCUCAACGACGUCUGGCAAGCUCCUUCAUGGUCCUCGAUAGAUGUCAAAGGUCGCUGGAAGAUGCUUCAUUAUUACGCCAAAGAUUUCUUCGACCCUCUUAUCGUUACAUCACACCUGUCCAUUUCCAAUAAGCUCUCGAUAUAUGUUGUAUCUGAUCUAUGGUACUCAAUAGAAAAUUGUAAAGUGGAAAUUCGUUAUUACAACUGGGAAUCAACAAUACCCCUUUUCGCAAGGUUCCUCGAUAUUGAAGUAGAACCCAGUAAAGCCAUAAGAGUUACGUCUUUCCAGUUGGACGAAUCUCUCGAUCGAGUUGGUUGCGGAUCAUGGGAAUCCGCCAAGAGGUCUUGCCUGAUCACUUUAUCUCUCAUAAAUAGUUUUAAAUCUGUAAUCGCUCCAAUCCAUUACGUAUAUCCUGGUCCACUAAAAAAUGCCAAUAUCCCAGUUGCCAAUGUUACUAUGAACAUCGUAGGUCAGAUCGUCUUACCUGGAAGUCCUUAUCAAAAUUUCGAGUUUGUGUUAUCGACAGACAAUAUAGCUCUCUUCGUGUGGCUAGAAACGAGCGUUAUACACGGUCAUUUUUCUGAAAAUGGUUUCCACAUGUUCGAGAGAGAGAAAACAAUUAUGUUCCAUGCCUAUGAAGAGACGACAGUCGAAUUGUUACGAAAAUAUACGACACUCACAACAUUGUCCGACAUUUAUAAUGCACGUGCCAAUUUUGAUGACGACUAUUCUGUUGUAGAAAAAUGAAAAAUUCAUAUUAAUCACAACGCGUAAUAUACAGGGUGUUUCAGACCACCUGUACCACCCAUUUGAAAACUAGAGAAGUGGUUAUUUCAAAAAAGUAAAAACAUUUUCUUUAUAAAUCGGGUGCGCUCUAUCGAAUGGUGAUAUUUUCA